AUGGAUCUACCCCCUGAAUUAACAGAAAUAACUAAUACAAUAAAAGGAUAGGGUAAUGAAGAUAAGUAAUCUGAAUAAGCAACCUAUUAUUAAGAUUUGGGAGCAGGAGAAAGACGUGAAUAUAGUGAAUUAUCGAAGCAUUUUUUGGGGGUAGAUCCCAAUAUAAACGACAAAAGAUAAUUGUAAUAUGCUGCAUGCCAUAGAACAUAUCUUUUAGUGAAGGAUCCUAUAAUUAAUUAGUUUGUUUUCCCUACUAAAACAGUUUUAGAUAGAGAAGUUUUAAAUGAAGCUAAGGCUUUACUUUUUGAUAAAAUGUCAGAAUAGAAGUUUACAGUUUAUUAUAAUAAUGUUAUACCUAAUCUUUGUGUUGUUAGAAAAUUUUAUGAACAUGAAUUAACUAAUCCUCUAAACAAAAAUCUUUUAGGAGUGAAAACCUUUUAUUAUUAUGGAGCUCAUUUAACAGGACCUUCAUAUAUUAAUAAUGAAAUGUAUAGUGAAUAUAUUUGGACUCCUAAAAUGGAACUAUAAUAACAUGUAAGUAAUGAAUAUUAUGAUAAAUUUAUUGAUAUUUUAUUAAACUAUUGA